AUGGAAACGCUGGCGAUGGAAAUCACCGGCGACAUUGUUCCUCCUCACGAGAAACUGCAGCAGCUGAAACGCCUUGGCGGCGUCGACAUUGUGGGUGGUGGGGACCGUCCUGCCCAAGACGGGUCGGAGGCGCUUGUUCCAUUCCUGGGCCGCGGCACGCAUACGCUGUUGACGUUGAACCUCUGGGGCGAGGGCAGGUUGGCCAUUCCCAUGGCGCUUCUGGCCUCGUUGGUAAAGGCAUUGCCGACGGGGGUCGAGCGAGCGGUGGUUAGCUUGAAGUUGCGGAGGCCGAAUUUGGAGAGUAUAGCCUGGGGCUGGCCGCCGAUGGUUGGCUUGGGCUUGAUCCAGUUGGCCGGGGCGGCAUCGGAGCCGGAGACGGGCCACGGUUGGGACUUGGCCGGCGCCGCCCUUUGCGUGGUGGUUUUAUUCGUGGGUGCUGACGAUCCUGCCGCUGAGGCCGAGGAGGACUGCUGGCGGACGAUUGAAGAUGCCGCCGGCGUGGUUCUCCUGAUGGCGAGGAGGGCGGCCGUCACUCGUGUCGAGGAUGUACCUGUGCGCAGGGCGCUUUGGACGGCGUGUCGUGCCUCCAUUUUCUGUUUUGGGGUCCAAGGUCAGAAUUGGGUGUCAAACAACAAAUUGCUCUGA